AUGAGUGUGAUUCACGAAAAAGAUAUUCAAAUAAUCAACAAUGAAGGUCGAGUUUAUCCACAUGUCCAAAAAUUACCAACUCCACUUUGUUGUUUCAGAGUUAUGCAUAUCAGAGUAAGUUUUUCAUUUAUUCACUUAUUUUAUUUUCAAAUUUUUGAUUUAUUCAGACCGGUACAUUAUGGAUUGCAUACUGUGAAAUAAUGUGGAUUGUAACACAAUUUUCAUUUUGGACAGCUGAAAGUAUAGUGAGAGGAGCUUUCCAACCAUUCAUAAUUAUUGCUGGUUUUGUUUUCACCUUCAUUCAAUUGAGUGAGUGAAAACCAGAAAAUUUUACAUGUUUCUUGCAAAAUAAUAUAUUUCAGUUCUUGUUGUUUUGUUGAUCCAAGGAAUUCAAAAAUUUCGAUUAUCAUAUAUUGAACUUUAUAUGAUUGGAGUAUGCUGCCGAUUAUUCAUUUUUCUCUCAUUUUUCCUUACCUUCUUGUUUUUCUUCAUUGUUGAUGGCGACUUCUAUGUGAACGGUGAGAUGUUUCCCUUUAUGAUUCAAUUCAUUUCAACUCAAAUCUGAAUAAUAUCAAAUUCUAUUUCUGUUUUUUCUUUCAAAUCUCCCAUCAUUAUUAUCAUUUCCUUUUAAAUAAAAGAAAAAAAAACAUUUUAAUCUGUUGAAAGGAAAAAAUGAACUAUUUUCUGAAAAGAGAUUAAAAUCCAUUGUUAUUGUUUCAGAAAAAGAGUCUCGAUUUUUCCACCAUCAUCUUGUUCUCAAGAUUGGAUUUACUGCAACAUAUGCGUUGUUGAAAAUGUAUGCUUUGUACACGGCAUAUCGAUGUUAUUCAUAUAUUUCGAGAACACGAAGAACGAUUAUGCAGUUGACAAUUUUCAAUGAGAAUGAAAAGUUAGUUGGGAAUAGGAACAAUAAAUUGAGAAAGGAUUGAAUUGAAGUAUUAUGGAAUAUUGGGCUCUUAUAUGAUUCUGAGAGUUGAAAGAAACUUUUGAAAGAACUCUUUAAUCUUCAAACAUAAGAUUUUCAAAAAUAUUAAGUUUUACAAUGGAACCUUUUUUCGUAACUGGCUGAAAAAACUGAUAUUUUUUAUUUGAUAAAAGUUUUGCUAACAACCUUGAGGGUUUUUUCUCUUGUCCUAAUUUUUUCAUGUUCUGAAAAUAUUUUUCCCUAGAACAGCGUUUGUCUUUUUUUUUUCAAUAUUCAGCUUAACGUAUCACAAAAUAAUUGUCUAAAGCCAUUUGAAAACAAUGACAAUAACUUUCUAGUGUGAUUUAUACUCGUGAUUUGUAUGUUAUACUAACAAUGUUUUGAUAUUUCAUAUAAAAAAUUCAUAUAGUCAAAAUCUAUUUGUUUUGUUUUCACCAAAAUCAUAUUAAUCGUGAUAAGCUGAUCAGUAUCAGCCGCUCAAAAAGCACAUUACUUUUAUGACUUCAUUUUCAAAACAAAAAACUAUUUAUAUAUUUUUUGAAAUGAACCCAAAAAAUCAUCAUAUAAUUGAAAUUCCGUGUGCAACGAAAUUAACAACUCAAAGAACAUGAAUUUCCUGAAAAUAUUUCUAUUGUGAGAAAAACAUAUCAUCAGAAUAUUGACCUGAAAACGUCUGGAACAAACUUGUUUUUCAUCAUUUUUCUUGUUUUUUUUUCAAAAAAAAAAAGAGAUGACUUUCUUUUCAAAAAAAAAAAAUGACUUCACUACUGACGACAUCAUAUAGGACUUCUGUGUCUGACAUUUUUCAAUUUUGAAAUUUUUUGGAGUAUUUCAAUUUUAUUUACUCUAUUCCAUUUCAACUUUUUUUAAUGGGCAUAGUGUCCAAUUUCAAUUUUUCACACUUGAAAAAUUGAAUUCUCUCACACUUUUUUGGGACUCUCUAUUUUUUCACAAAACAUUCUGGAUAUAUUGUACAGCUGAAAAAGGUGUAUUAGGAUUUGUUCUUUCAGUUUUUUCAUAUAAACUAUACGACUAUAUUUUUAUAAAGUCGAUAAUAAAUCUUUGUUUUGACAUCUCACUUCUUUAUGGAUGUAAAUAUUAAAUUCAAAUUAUUUUCUGGACAAUAGACGGACAUCGUAAAAAAUUGCAAGUUUUUUGUUCCUGGAAAAAUAGAAAUUGUGAUUUUUAUAGUUUCUUUUUCUAUUUUUCGACAUUAAAGAGCAUGAAUAAAUUGAAUAAUUAGCAUUUGACGUACUACCUGCUUUAAAUAUAUCAUGUAGACUUUUUUGAGAAUAAUUCUUGUCUCCAUCGAAAAGUAAAUAUAAAAAACAUUUUCAGACCUAUUUUAAUUAAAGGUUGUAGAAUUUUUUGACCUUUCUGAGAAAAAAAUGGCAAGUUCCUAAAACCCUUUCAAAAAUGUUUUUGCAGCUUGAAAAAAUAACGAAAGUCUUUUAUUUUAAUCUCAAAAAAUGUUAGAUUCUUGAUUUUUUCGAUGAAUAAACUUUAAUUCAGAAAUCUCUGGAAACCUCUCAAAACAGUGGGAUGUUUUCUCAGUGAGGUCAUUCAUAUGAAAUUCAGGGAGGGGAUUUGAAAACAAAUCAUCGUUUUUAUUAGGAAUGUGGGGGUAAUGGAAUUUUAUUAAAAAGGUAGAAAGGGUAUAGUUAGAAUUUGAUUACAACUUCAUAUCAUUUUCUCUAUAAAAACCAGACAACUUUGAAAGAAACGUUUGACGAAACUCCUCCACAGUAUCCAAAAAAAUUGUUUAUUGUUCAAAAGUGCAUAAAGUCAUUUUUCCACCUACUUCUCUGUUCUUUCAUUUUCUUUUUUUCACGUCAAUUACAAAAUGAACAACACAAAAUAGCACUGAUCAUUUCCGGUUUCACCUUUUUGUUCUUUUUCUAAAUCAUAGCUCUUUCCGGCUUAUUCUCAACUUUCCUUGUCUCCGCCCAUAAAAAAUCUAAUCUUUUUCUCAUUUUCACUGAAGUGAAUAAAGUUUGAUAAUUCAUUUUAUAUUUAUUUAUUUCAGCAAUGUGCAAACCUUCAGUAGCAGUCGUCAUUCUCUUCAUAAUAUGUUGCCUCCAAGUCAUAAGUGAGUUUAAAAAAAAACUACGUGGGUGGUCUAGCUUAUGAAUAAAUAUAUAAUUUUUUUUUAAUUAGCAUAUUAAAAAAAUGAUUUCUAGAUGCCGAGUAUUGGGAUGCCAGAGUUGCACCAAGAGUGGUGAGAACAGCCGGAAUGAGAUGGGCAAACCGGUUUACGCCGCGCAAAUACCGAAAACCAGACACGCUGCAAACAAUGGAUUAUCCUGA